AUAAGGAUUAACUAUAUUCUGAUUCAGCGAGUUUGGAAUCUAGAAUGCUACUGUGUGUAACUAAUGCGACAUCUAAACCGAAAAGAAGUACAUAUAACAGAUCUGAGCUGUCAGAAGCGAGCCGUCGGCGCUCCACUGCUAGACUAUUCCAGGUUCAUUCAAUGCUGCCGCAUUAAGAGUCGUUAUCACUGGUUAGAAGAACGUUCUUUGUCAUAUAAUUAAUGCGAAGGUAGCUAGGUUAUUUGUGUUUCAGUUUUUUACUGCAACAUCGUCAGACUAUGAGACAUAACCUACGUUUCCACCCGUAGGUCCAGACGCGCAAGAGUGACUUAGAAAGCAAAUAUAAUAUCAAAAACAAAAAUGGGCCAGUCAGAGAGCGGACACUUUCAUGUUGCUUCGAGUGACUUUAAACCCAGAUCAGACUCAUGCUCAGGUCUGCGUUCAGCUGUUCCUCUAGCUGUGGUUGAGGAGAUCCUACUGAAUCUGCCUGCUCAUCAGGUGGUGCGAGUCUGUCGUCUGGUGUGUCAUGAGUGGAAGGAGCUGGUGGACAGUGCUGCACACUGGAGAGAGCGCUGUCGGAGAGAGGGGAUCCAGCCACAAGAUGUUUCCAGACCACCAGACAACUGGUGCCAGUUUUACUUCUUAACUAAGAAACGACGUAACUUGCUCAAGAAUCCCAAGGCAGAAGAAGAGUUCAGUGGAUGGAAGAUUGUACAGAAUGGUGGUGACUGCUGGACAGUAGGAGAUAAUUCUGUAGAAAUCCCAAAUUUCACAGUCGCAAAAUACUUUGUCACCUCUUACUGGUUAUGUAUGAAGCAACAGCUGAUAGAUUUGAAGAAAGAAGGCUACAGUGCUGCUUUCAUGGAUCAACUACAACCUCAUAUCAAAAUAUCUGACUGGUACGCUCCGCGCUGCGAUUGUGGGAGCAUGUAUCAGAUCUGUGUAGAGUUGCUUGAUCAGAAGAAGAAACCCAUCAAUACCUUUGAGCCUGAACCAGUUUUCUUUCCACAGUGGAAUGAUCAGCAGUGGUGUGAAAUGACAUAUGUCUUUAAGGAUUAUGGACCUGGGGUUCGGUUUAUCCGUUUCACUCAUGGUGGGAAGGAUACACAGUUUUGGGCAGGCUGGUAUGGGAUUCGGGUCACCAACAGUAGUGUGGAGAUCUGUGCAGCUGAAGAGUGAUAGUGUCUUACUGUCUGAAUUUGUUCUUUGUUAUGAGAAACGCUGUUAUAUGUAAACUUAAAGGCCUUAUAAAAGUUAAAAGUGCAUCUCUCAGUGUUGUAUGAGGCUUGAAGACUGUAUUUGAAGACUCCUCAUUCUGUAUUUAUUUUUAAACUACAUAUAUAAAUCCAUUUUUAGAUGUUUAUUUCCAAAGGCCUUAAUUAUCAGUGCAUUCGUAUUAUCUCCCAAAAACUGUUGCACUGAGACGGAGUACCCUAAACAGACUCAUUCAUGUUUUGUGUUAAUAAGGAGGGCCGUCAUUAAGAACUUGCGUUUCAGACAUGUUCCCAUAAAAUGAAUUUAUCUUUA